CGUUCAUAUAUGUAUCUCGGAGCAGAUCACAUCACUGUGCGCUAUCAAACGAUGUGAAUUUAUGUUUACAAUCUAGUUCGUUUUCGCUGGUUGAUGGGAGAACAAAAUAAAAACGUUUCGGCUGUGCGCAACCAUCGAACGAAAAGCACCCCAACUGUACUGAAAAGAGAUCUUUUCCUUACUGAUACAUUUUUAAAUCGUUGAAUUAGUAUUGGUGAUAAGUGAAAAAAAAAAUAUGAUUCAAUUUUCAAUUGACAUAGUCGUGUAAGACUUAAAACCUUUUCAGGAUGAGCAUGUUGCUGCAAAAAGAGUUAGAGUCAUUGGAGCUCACAUAUCCAAUUGAAUCUAGCACAGUGUCAAAUAAAAACGAGACUAGCAAAGUGCCCGUCGCUGCAAUCAAACGAAAUCUAUCGUCACCCACUGAGGAUCAAAUACUUUUGCGACAUGAUGAAAAGAAAGAGAAACUAUUUAUGCAUCCCGGAGUCAUUGAGGAAGAACCAGACUCUAUGGAUAGUAUAAUAAGCGAUCCAUCAUCAUUUCCGAUUACCGUCUUGCCUCCUUCGACGGCUGGCGGCACUGGUGUUCUUAUUCGAAAUUCGACUCAAACGUCAUUCGGUCGGUUAAGCCGAAUUAGCACCAAUUCAAAAAGCCGAAAUUAUCGUCCAGGAAGCUACCGAAAAAUUAGAAGACGUGCCGUUUUAAAAAAUGGUGAUUGCAAUGUUGUUCAAAAGAAAAUCUCGCAGAGGAGAAUACGUUUCUUGCAAGAUAUUUUCACAACACUCGUCGACUCGCAGUGGCGAUGGACCUUGAUUGUGUUCGCUCUUAGUUUUGUUCUCUCUUGGCUUUUCUUUGCGAUGAUAUGGUGGCUCAUCGCGGUCACUCACGGUGACUUAGAAGAGAUGCACUUGCCCAGCGAACAAGCAAAGAAUGAAUGGGUUCCGUGUGUGUUCAAUAUAUACAGUUUUGCAUCAUGUUUCUUAUUUUCAAUCGAAACUCAGAGGGCGAAUUAA